AUGCGAUGUGACCUGUGUGAGACCGCUGUGGGUAUUGCCAGUGAUGUUGAAAAGAGUUUAAGUCUCUUACAAAAGGAAUAUGAAAAACUGUCAACAGCCAUAACAAAACAAGGAGAAAUUUGGCAAAGAGAAAUUAGUGAACUAGUCAAUAAACUUAAAUCGAAAACUGAGGAAAUGAAAAACAAACAGUUAGAAACUCUGCAGAAACAUUUUCAUGAAAUAAAGCAGAAAAUCUCAGACAUUCAGGAUGAAAUUAAUUCAAUCGAUGUUGCUUUAAAUUCUACAAAUAUUUCUAUUGCUUUCGGUAUUUUACCUACAGUGGAUAAAUACAGAAAACUUCCUAAGAAAAUCACGUUUGUUGUCCCUAGAUUUUCUCCCAAUAAAAUACAGGAAGAUCAAGUUUAUAAUUUUAAUCCUGGUAUUUUAGAAGAGCAUGAAUACAAACUUAUGACGAAAUCAGAAUCACCAGAAGCUGGAUUCUCUCCUCCAGUCAAACAGCUGCUUGAUGAACCGGAGACGGUCACUACCAUAGUCACUGGGUAUAGAUAUCUUUACAGUAUGGCCUGUCUGAGUGAUGAAGAAAUCUGGACAAGUGGAACUGACAACACCAUGAAACUCCACAGCAUCAAUCAGGGAACACUACUCAAGUCAAUCAAAACCAAGUCAAGGAACAGACCAGAGGACAUAGCAGUGACAAAAAGUGGAGAUCUAGUUUAUACUGAUACCAGUAAUAGAACUGUGAACAUUGUGAAGAAUGAAGAGAUAGAGGAAGUGAUCAGACUAAAAAAGUGGAGACCCGAUUGUAUCUGUAGUACCUCCGCUGGGGACCUCUUUGUUACCAUGUUUGGUAAAAACAAACAAUCAAAAGUUGUCCGUUACUCUGGAUCCACAGAAAAACAAACCAUUCAGUUUGAUGAGACUGGUAAGCCUCUGUUUUCAUUUGAUGAUUAUAAUAAUUUCAUCAGUGAGAACAGGAACAUGGAUAUUUGUGUGGUUGACAGUGGAGCUAGAGAAGUAGUGGUGGUUAAUCAGGCUGGGAAACUGAGAUUCAGGUACCCUGGAUAUACUCCUACUCUAAAGAACCAAACAUUCACUCCACAAGGAAUCACCACAGACAGUCAAAGUCACAUUCUUACAGCUGAUGCUUACAAUAAUUGUGUCCACAUCAUAGACCAGGAUGGACAGUUCCUCCGUUACAUACAAGACUGUGGAAUGCGGUCUCCCGUGGGACUAUGUACAGAUACAAAUGAUAAUCUGUAUAUUGCUGAACAGUUUAGGAAAGAUGUAAAAAAAAAUCAAAUAUCAGAAGUGAAUACCCAGUUUCCAACACUGCAGAAGAUUAGAGUUUCUGGGAUAUUGAGGCAUGGACCCCCGUACCAGUGCCUAGGACGUGAUACUUGUCUUGUCAACCUGUGUAAGGCCUGUAUAGAAGAACACAUCUUAACAGGUGAAUCCAAAGAUCACAAAGUUGUCAAAUUUAAGGACAUGAAAUCUACAAUAAUUUUCCCUGAAUGCAAGUCACAUGCUGUGGAAAAAUGUGAAAUGUGCUGUAACCAAUGUGACAUUCCCGACAUUGCCAGUGAUGUAGAAAGGAGAUUAAGUAUCUUACACAAGGAAUAUGAAAAUCUUUCAACAGCCAUAACAAAACAAGGAGAAAUUUUGCAAAGGGAAAUUAAAGAACUUGUCAAUAAACUAAAAUCUAAAUUUGAUGAAAUGAAAAACAAAGAUCAGAGUCACCAGAAGCGGGAUCCUCUGAAACAGCUGCUUGAUGAACCAGAGACUGUCACCACCAUGGACACUGGGUACGGAUAUCUUUACAAUGUGGCAUGUCUGAGUGAUAAAGAAAUCUGGACAAGUGGAUCGGAAAGUAGUGUGAAUCUCCACAGCAUCAAUCAGGGAUCACUACUCAAGUCUAUUACAACUAUAUCAGGGACACUACCAGAGGACAUGUCGGUGACAAAAAGUGGAGAUUUAGUUUAUACUGAUAUCAAUGAUAGAACUGUGAAGAAUGAGAAGAUAGAGAAGGAUAUAUGUGUGUCUGCCAGUGGAGCUAACGCUGUAGUAGUGGUGAAUCAGGCCGGAAAACUCCGAUUUAGAUACACUGGGCACACUUCUGCUCCUAAGAACAAACUAUUCAAUCCACUAGGAAUCACCACAGACAGUCAGAGUCACAUCCUUACAGCUGAUUCUUACAAUGACUGUGUCCACGUCAUGGACCAGGAUGGACAAUUCCUCUGUUACAUAGAAUGUGGACUGAGUCAAGCAUGGGGACUGUGUACAGAUACAAAUGAUAAUCUCUAUGUUACUCAACAGAUAAAGAAUGAAGUAAAGAAAAUCAAAUAUCAGAAGUGA